UGCAGAGCACCUGGCACUGCCUCUGCUCUUGCUAGUUCUUGUGCUGCUGAUGAUGUGAAUGAGCCUUUAGAUCUCUCUGCUGCUGCUGAGGAUUUUCUGACACAGGCAGUCCAGCUCCAGGACUUGGUGGUUUUAUUAAGGAACAUACUUAUUUCUUGGACCAGGCAGGGGAUACAGAACAGAAGAUAAAAACCUGCAAGAAAAAAAAUAUAAAAAUGUAAAAAAAAAAAAUCUAUAUACAUCUAUCAAGGAGGAAAGAGGGAAGGAUUCAAUUGAUGCAACAAGAGGAUGAGUGUGUGAUCAGAGAGGUGAGCUUCAUACAAGAUCCUGAUCUCUGAACAAACUUCACAGUGCCAAAAACUGGUGUCAAUGACUGGUUUGAAAAUCACUUUUAUUAUAAAGUGACAACGCUAUGGUGUUUAUAAUUUGGAUUUAGCAUUUCUGGUGAGAAGACAUGCAUCUACUCCUUCAGGAAAAUUUGACCAUCUUCAUUCAUAAAGAAUUUCAACUGCAAAAGUCACUGUGAUUGACAGCUCUGUUGAACCAGUCAAAAUCGCCAUUCCUCCCUACUUCUACAAGAGCUGCAUCUGUAAGAUUGUGGUGAUGACUUCACAGCUGGACCUCUCACUAAAGCAAUGACUGGGAUAUGUGAUUUGGGAUAUUGUAUAUAAAGGCUAAGCUAUUUUGUUGGAGAAGAGUUCUAAAUGAGCCUGACUGAGACACUGGAUCUGUGUGAAGACGACUAAGGAUAUAAUAGGAUGUCAACUGAGACAGAACUCCAAGUGGCUGUUAAACCCAGCUCGAAAAAGGAAUCAAAAAAGAAAGGUCAGGAACGUAGUGAAGCUACUUUAAUAAAAAGGUUUAAAGGGGAUGGUGUACGGUACAAAGCAAAAUUAAUUGGAAUUGACGAGGUUUCUGCCGCAAGAGGAGACAAGUUAUGCCAGGAUUCAAUGAUAAAGCUCAAGGGAAUUGCUGCCGGUGCUCGAUCAAAAGGAGAACACAAACAAAAAGUAUUUUUGACAGUCUCCUUUGGAGGAAUCAAAAUCUUUGAUGAAAAGACAGGUAUUCUACAUCACCACCAUGCUGUUCAUGAAAUUUCGUACAUCGCCAAGGAUAUCACAGACCACAGGGCGUUCGGAUAUGUUUGCGGAAAAGAAGGAAAUCAUAGAUUUGUUGCAAUAAAAACUGCUCAGGCAGCAGAGCCAGUAAUUUUGGAUUUACGAGAUUUGUUCCAGCUUAUCUAUGAACUAAAACAGAGAGAAGAAAUUGAGAAAAAGGCACAGAAAGAUAAGCAAUGUGAACAAGCUGUAUAUCAGACAAUUUUGGAAGAAGAUGUAGAAGAUCCUGUUUACCAGUACAUAGUGUUUGAGGCCGGCCAUGAAUCUAUUCGAGAUCCAGACAGUGAAGAAAGCAUUUACCAGGUUCCUACCAGCCAUAAGAAAGAAGGUGUCUACGACGUGCCAAAAAGUCAACCCAUAAGUUUACUGAACGGAGAAUUAUUACAAUCUGAUAAGAACCCUUGUGAUGUCAUAGAGUCACAGAAUGGAGAUUUAAUCAGAUUUGAUGAUGACUUUUGUGAUGUCAUAGAGGCUGUUACCCAAUUAGCGCUUUUUGGAGAUAUGUCUACUCCUCCUGACAUAACGUCUCCCUCCACUCCUGCGACUCCAGGUGAUGUUUUUAUGACAUGUCCCUCCCAGCUUUAUCCUUCCACCGCUGCUCCCAUUCAUGGAACCUUUCCCUACAACCCACUUUUACCAUCAGGUUAUGUUGCGAUGGGAGCUGUCCAACCAUCUUUCUGGGGACAACAACCAUUGGUUCAACCGCAAAUGGUCCUGAGUGGCCAACCCAAUGUUGCUCAGGUUAUGCAGGGAAGCCAAACAAUAGCAUGGGCUCAACCAGGCCUUUACCCAACUCAACAACAGCCAUGGCCAACCCUGCCUGGCCAGUUUCCACCCACUGCCUUCAUGCCAACACAAACUGUUUUGCCUUUUCAAGCAGCUAUGUUUCAAGGUACUAGUGCUCCUGUAGCCGCAGUUCAACCAACUAGUGACUCCAUGAGGACAAGUCCACUACGACCUGGACAGAAAUUAGGAAAAGAUGCAUUUAGAGAUUUUCAGAUGGUAAAUCCUCCUCCAGUGCCAUCACGACAACCAGACCAGCCUACCCUUCCAUGUACCUCAGAGGCCUUCUCAAGUUAUUUUGAAAAAGUUGGGCUGUCACAGGAUACCGAUGAUUGCGAUGACUUUGAUAUUUCACAAUUAAAUUUGACACCCAUGACUUCCACAUCACCAUCAACCAAUUCACCGCCAACACCAGCUCCAAGGCAAAGCUCUCCAUCAAAAUCCUCAGCGUCUCACACAAGUGAUCCCAAUGCAGAUGACAUCUUUGAAGAAAGCUUUGAAAGCCCGAGUAAAAAUGUAGAACAAGAUGCAAUCCGUUCAGGUGAACCAAUAUAUGCUCAGAUCAAAAGACCUAAGAAAUAGCACUAUAGAUUUUCUAGUGCAUCAAGACUGGACCGAACAUCUGGCUGGCUAAUGGCACUUGCAACAUUCUUUCAACUGUCCGUGGCAAUGGGUUUUACCAGUGUACUGAGUGAAAGAGAUUUAAGGAUGAAUCGGUGCAAACAGGUUCUCUAACAAAGAAAAACCAGACAGCUUCACUGAGGAAGUUGAUUUUUUUGAUUUAUUCAGAAACGUUGUUUUCAUCACUAUACUUCUUGAAAGAAGUCAAUCAAGUUUAAUCACUACUUUUUUUUUUCUUU